AUGGAUGACUUCACAUUUGACCUUGAAAUUCAUGUUGGGGGAUGUUUUGUGGAGGAGCUAACCAUACAAUAUGUGGGUGGGUCUGUACGUUUACUGACAGAGAUUGACCCUGACAAGUUGAGUUACUUUGAAAUUCGGGAUUUAUGCCAUCUAGUUGGUGCUCCUAAGGAACACAGUAGAUAUAAGUAUUUAAUUCCUGAUGGUGAUCUACAGCAUGAUUUAAGAGACAUAGAAACAGAUACAGAUGUCGUAAACAUGACUAACCUUCAUAAGGCAUGGUAUGCUGAAAAAAUCAUAAUCUAUACUGACAUAGAUGUAGAGCCAUUGACAGUUGAGUAUCCUGAUGCAGGGGGAGUGGCAGAUGGUGGUGUAGGUGGUGAUGCAGGAGGAGUGGCAGAUGGUGUAGGUGGUCAUGCAGGUGGUGAUAGUGAUGAUGAAGAAGAUGUUGAGGAUGUUGACAUUGAUGCAAGAGAUGAAGAACAGAAUGUUGAAGGAGAUGAUGAUGAUGAUGAUGAUAAUUGGCUAAAUGAAGGCCUAGAGGGGGAUGGCUUUGGUGAUGAUGUAUUUGCUGCUCAAAACUCAGCUCCACAAGGUUCUGCUCCCAAUACAAACCUAGAAUCAAGCAAUGCACCCCACACAGACCCUGAGUGGGCUGAGCCAGCCCUUGAGGGUGACCUGGUAAGCAUGGAUGGGUCUGAUGAUGAGCAUGUACCUGAGCAAGUAGAGUUUAAUGUUAAGAGUGACAUGAGAAAUGUUGUACUGAAGGAGAUGAAGUUCCCUAAUGCAAAGGUGUUCAGAGCUGCUUUGAGGGAGUAUGCAAUCAAAAAACCUAUUGACAUCAAAUUUAAGCUUAAUGAGAAGACCAAGAUAUCAGUUCACUGCAAGAAUGGGUGUGGGUGGAGAUGUUAUGCAUCUCAAAUAAGUGGGAAGCUAACAUUUCAAAUUAAGACCUUGAUUGAUGACUGUACUUGUCCCAAGUCUUUCAAAAACAGCCAAGCAACAUCAGCUUAUGUUGCUAAGAGGUUCAUUGAGGAUUUUAGCAAAAAUCCAAAUUGGGAGGUGAGUGGUGUACACAACCAUGUGAUGCAAAAUUUAUCUAUUGACCUAAGUGUAAACCAAGUGUAUAGGUCAAAGAGAAAGGCAAAGGAUUUGAUAAAUGGAGAUGAGCAACUGCAAUAUUGUGUCCUUAGGGACUAUGCACAAAUGAUAACCAUUGUAGAUAAGGGGAGUAGGGUUAUACUGCAGACAGAAAUGGCUGAGGAGACUUCCCAGCCAAAAUUUAAGAGGAUGUAUGUUAGGUUCAAUGCUCAGAAGGUAGGAUUUUUAGGUGGAUGCAGGCCAUUUAUAGGUUUAGAUGGUUGUCACAUAAAGCACAGAUUUGGUGGGCAAAUCUUAUCUGCCACUGCCAAGGAUGCAAAUGACAACAUUUUUCCAGUAGCCAUGGCUGUUGUGGAACAAGAAACCAGGGAGUCUUGGAUAUGGUUUUUGGAAAUUUUUACUAAUGAUAUAGGGAGGCUAGAAGAGCUUCAGUUGGUCUUCAUUUCUGAUAGGCAAAAGGGGCUUAUACCUGCAAUAGAGACACUAUUCCCUACCGUGGAGCAUAGAUACUGUGUGAAACACAUCUACAACAAUUUCAAAGUUGAUCACAAGGGAUUGGAGCUGAAGGAUGCAUUGUGGAGGUGUGCUGCUGCCACAACAGUAAGGGAGUUUGAGAGAUGCAUGCAGUACAUAAGGGAUUUGGAUGAAAAGGCAUAUGAGUAUCUUGCAAACAUUGCACCUGCACAGUGGACAAGGUCACACUUCACUCCUAGGGCCUUAACAGAUUGUUUGGUAAAUAAUUUGAGUGAGUCUUUUAAUGCAAUGAUAUUGAAGUCUAGGGACAAGCCUAUCUUGGCAAUGUUGGAGUGGAUUAGGGUUAGACUUAUGACUAGGCUUUACACAAAAAGGGAAGGGAUACAGAAGUAUGCUGGAAAGUUGUGUCCAAGCAUACAAGAUAGGUUGGAGAAAUUGAAGGUUGAAAGUAAGGCAUUUAGUGCUACCCCAGCUGGUAGUUUCCUUUAUGAGGUAGGCAGUCAGUAUGAGAGGCAUGUAGUUGAUUUGGUGAAGAAGACAUGUAGCUGUAGGUCUUGGGAUUUAAAUGGCAUUCCCUGCAAACAUGCCAUAACAGCCAUUUAUACAAACAUUGAGACACCAGAAGACUAUACCCACCCAUGCUACUUCAAAGAAACUUACAUGGAGAUAUACAAGGAGGUACUUCCUCCCAUGCCUGGCCAGUCAGAAUGGGCUGAGACUGGACAGCCUGCUCCCCUGGCACCUCACAUAUACAAACCACCAGGCAGACCACCCAAGCAAAGAAAGAGGGCUUCUGAUGAGCCUAGGAACCCUUACAAAGCAAGUAGACAGAACAGACCUGUAAGAUGUGGGAAAUGCAAAAAGGAAGGGCAUAACUCAAGAGGGUGCAAGGCUGGCAUCACUGGGGAGACACCAUGGCAGAGGAGACAGAGACUUCAAAGAGAAAAAGCUGCAAGGGAAGGGGUGCCUGCACCUAGAUCUGCACCUCAGCCUGCACCUCAGCCACCAUCCCAGCAGCCUACCCAGACCUACAACAUGAUGUCUGCCACUCAGCCUUCAUCCUCACAGCAAGGAAAUCAACCUAGGCCAUCUCACAAGAGAGCAGGAUGGUUCUCUUCCUCACAACCAGAGUUUCACACACCUAGGGAGACCUGGGAUACCUUACCAAGGUCUUCACAGCCUUCACAUGCAAGUGGGAGCACUGGUGGUGUGAGGACUAGAGGACAGCUUGCUGCACAAAGGCCACCAAAAAUGAAUCCAGUGGGUGGAAAGAGGAAAGAGUAA